AUGCCUGGUAGUGAAAUUGUACCCGUCAAAAUAUUAGCUGAGAAUUUUUACAAACUCCAGUUAGAACUUCGUGCCCAGUCCCUUCCAAAUUAUUUGAGACCUUUUUCCGGCAAGGGAAAUCAUAAAUUUUCGGACUGGAUACGAGACCUUGAACAUGUAGGUUUGCUUUGUCAAGCUGAUUAUGAACGACUACGUAAUUUUUGUCUUAUGUCGGUUACUGGCCCAGCAUCUAAUUAUGUUAUACGCUACAUCAAAAGCAACCCUACUUGUUCUUGGCGCCAUCUAAAAUCGGCGUUAAAAAUUCAUUUCAGCGAUUUGUCAGAUAUUCAAUUCGCUAAGAAAAAAUUGUUAAGUUUAAAACAAAAUUUCGGAGAAUCUGUUCAGACUUAUGGAGACCGUAUUCUCAGCACAGCCGAGGAUGCCUACACUGGCGAUGAAUUAGUUCAUCCCAUCAUACAGGGCAUUCUUAAAGAUGUUUUCAUGGACGGGCUGCGAGAACAUUUUAUUAUUCGCAAGUUAAUUCGCGACCAACCUUUGACGCUAGAGGAAAGUCAAGUCGGCUCUAGUGGAGCAACAAACGGCUCGUACCUGUAA